AUGGGACCUCGAUCCAUUUAUAAAGGUGCUGGAGUACCAAGUUCUACUACUGCUAUAAGUACUAGUGCUACUACACCACGUUCAAAUUCAGCAACUAUUCUUGUUAAUUUAGAUGUGUUUAUUCAUCGAGCUAAUAUUGGUCAUGAUAUUAGUCCAAAUGAUCACGAGUUGAUUGUACUCUUUCGACGACAGAAGAAAGCCGGACAAAGUGGGGCAAUAACUUCUUCUUUUCUGAAAAAAGAAUAUGAAAUUGUACUUGUUGCGCUACCCAGCCAUUCUGCUGUUGCACUCUUUUCCGUGGAUUUUGCUACACUUGUUCAGCUUCAAGCUAGUCCACAAGACCGACACAAAUUGUUUCGUAUCUUGCCACUCAAGUGUCGAGAUUUGGCGGCGACGCUCGAGCUUGACAUUACGUGGGAUCUUGUCCAAGAACCUGGAAAUUUGCAUGUUACUGCUGCAGUUGAUUCCGAGACUAAUUUACAAGCAGGAUCUGCUGGGUUAGCGAAACUACCGCCACCAUCAAUUCUGCUGAAUAAGAAUUCUCACGCUUUGAAGGCACAGACGUCUACGCCCCGGACACCACGCUCUCGAGAGACAAACAAGUCUCGACGAAGCGCAAAUGAAUCAACAUUAGUGUCGACACGACGAACGACUGCCGGUCUUAGCUCAAAUGGCAGCGAGCGAGAUUUGCUGGAAGAACUGUCCGUUUCCAAUUGCAGCAAUUGCCGGUCUGCUAAGCGGCGACUUGAUCGCAAAGAGGUGCAAGUGUUGCAGCUCGAGUCGUUCUUGAAGGUGUCUCAGAAGCGCAUUGACGCACAGACUACAGAGAAUGAGGAGCUAAUGAUUCGAGAAAAGGCUGAGACUCGUAACGCAGCGCAUCAGCGUUCACUGACCUUGCGUCUGUUACAGGAGUUAGAGACGGCUGUGCACUUAUGA